AUGCAACCACUCAUUCUCUACAAUCCUGUCCUUCAAGGAUUUGUCUAUAAUGUCUUUCUCUUAAUGUUUCGUCUAUUCAUUGCUGCUCAAAUAACAGGUAUUUCUAAAAUGAUAGAUGCCAUGUCGACUAAAAAGCAAAAACAAGCACUCAACAAUAGCAAUUACUCCCUCGAAGAUCAGAAACCAUCCUCAUGGGCCUCUCGUGCCGAAUUGGCUGGCAACAUUCACAGAAAUGACAUUGAAAAUGUUGUGCCAUUCAUCAUGAUUGCAAUUCCAUACGUUAUCAUCUCUACAAUGAGUUAUACAUCAAUCACCGAUCCUCAAUAUUCCUUGUGGAAUGCCAUUGUGGGGAAUAUUCUGAUGGCAAGCUUUACCCUCUCUAGAAUGGUCUACUUUUUCAUGUACUGGUUCAAUUUGCCUCCAUUGAGAACAUUGGUUUGGUUAUGGGGAUUAUUGAGUACUGUUUGCUUGGCCAUUUAUACCAUCGUGUGUAUGUAUGUCUUGUAAUAAUAAAUUAUGCAUUUUCAUCCUAGGAUGAUGAUGAUUAAGCAAAAAAAGAUAAAAUUAAUAAAAUUUCAUCACACCACAUAAAAUUAACAGUACGUGACGGUCAUAUAUAAACUACUAUUCAUGAAGUAAUGUGAAGAUUUGUCGGCAUUGAGGAUCGUGUUAGAUAUAAAUCUAUAAAAGAAAUGAUUUGGUGUGAUAAUAUUACGUUCCAACAGUGAUCUCAAUUUUUCUACAAUAACAUCAUCAUUAUGUGACAAUAUUUUGACUUUCCUUUUGAGUGAUUUGAUUGUUUUACGGAACUGUUGAUUUUUCUUUGCUAAUGUUCUGUCAUGGUACUUUCGUAAUGAAUUUCUAUACAAUUUUCCACAAGAAGAACAUGUACAUUGUCUAGAUGAUAUUGUAAUAGGUUCGGAAUGGGUGAAUAAACGACCAUCACGAAUAAAAACUUUCUUUCCAAUUAAAUUAAUCAAUUUUACAUCACCAAUUCUUUUUAAAUCAAUACCAGGACAAAUAUUAGAGAGAUCAUCAUCAUCAUUCUUGUUCUUGGAUCUUGUUGAUUUCAUAAUUUUUGAUCGAAGCAUGAACUUGCUUGGCUUUGG